CCCCUUGGAAUCCUAAUUCCUGCUUCAGCCCAACAUGGUUAAUGUUCACUGCUUUGAUUUAUGGCACAGGGAUAGCUCAGACUGUGCUUGCUGCUCUUUGCUUUGGUACUUGGUUACUUCAUUUGCUCAAGAGAAUGUUGAUAAUAUAAGGACCUGUAAUUCUUUGAGAAUUACAAGUAAGGUCAUUAACAAAAGAUGAAUAAAAAAUAAAAAUGCCAUGUUUAAAGAAUGAGGCAGAAGGUCAGUUCUGACUGAGACUUCCAACUCUCCUCCAUGUUGAUGCCUUAGGAUUAAGCUUUUAUAUUUUUCAGAUCCUGUACUGCUUUAGUUGUAUAACUCUAAAACUCCACAGCCUGUCAGCUACUGUUCUCCUGUUUUAUUCAGACAAAACAAUUCCUCUCUUGGCCUGAAACUCAAGGACACCUUAUUGUCUCAGGCCCAGAGAGAUGUAAACAACAGUGAAGAGGGGGGGCAAACUUGGAGUAAAUGACUUCAUUACCUGAAACUGUCAUUGGAGGAUUAACCCCUUAUAUGGAAAUAGACUUUUAACUUGUGACCAUUGUCCAUCUUGGGUAAACCCCCCCGGAGGCUUUUGACUGCCCAAAGUGCCCCUAUUGAAGGCCUUUAAUGAAGACCCGCUUUCAUACUCUUAAUUUUGUCUAGCCUCUGUUUUAGGUAGCCACUCCAAGGCAUCAAUGUGAGGUCUUUUGGUUUAGAUAUUCAUUAUACUCAUAAUAAGAAAGUGUAUGUUUGGAUCCUGUAUAGUAAAUGCACUAAUUUUUAGCUUUCCCAUAGCUUUUAGCUCUGAUUUAAAAAAAUAAAUAUCAAUAUGUAUGAUAUAAUUGUAAACAUAAUUGGCUUUUCUUUUCCCAUCAUAAGCUGUGAAUAAUAAUUUUUUUUAAUCACUGAGGUGCCUUGGAUAAAACACAUUUUGCUGUACUAGCAAAUGUACUCUUAGGUGACUUUGGAACUUCUUCACUAAAAAGGGGUGAUGGUAGGUUUAGCAGAGCUAUUGGCUGCUUGGCAUUCUUUUCUUUAGCUUACAUUUCAUUUUUAAGGUUAGCAUUUUGAGUCUGUUCUUGUGAAGUUUUGGCUUUUUAAAUUGCUGUUUAAUUUUUGUCCUUAUCAACCUAUUUAGAAACUUGCAGGUGCUUGAAAAAGUCAUGGAUGCGAAUUAGAAUUCUUUUAACACAGAGUAGAAGGAUCAAUCAUAUUUUUAAUUGACUAUUAAAAGUGUUUAAUUCUCUCAAGAUCCUUCAACUGCAAAAAAAAAUAAUCACCAAGCAUAAGGCUGAAGAUCCCUGUAACUGUGCUUUGCUUCCCUAGCUCUUUUGCCCGCAGGGUAUGCCCUGGCUUCCUAGGAGGCAUUUGCUUUUGGAGCCAAAACAAGAUUUGUAGCAGCCUGGUGACCUGAAGGCUUUCAAGAUUUAGAGCAAUUUCCGACCUGUCCAAAUUGGAACAAAUUUUCUGGGUUAAUGAGGGCUCAGAAGCUGACUUUGAAAUGUUGUUUUCUUGCUUCAACAAGUAUUUGUCAUGCUUUGGAUGUCUGAAAGAUGGGCAGUAUGAAGCUGAAUGCCAGGCACAAUAUAACUGUAUUAGCCUAGGUUUUCUGCCUGAGUUAAUGAGGCUUGUCGAGAAGUAUAGAUGAGCCUCCAAUGCAGAUGUGAGACUGUUGUUUCUGUUACUCGUGUUAAUGAAGAUACCUGCACACCAUCUCAUUCUUAUUUUCUGCAAACUGUUGGCAUGUUUUCAUCUGUGUGAAUGAGAUUCAUUUGAAGGAAUAAUAUCCUGAUUAUGAGGAGAGGUGCUACAUUUGAUUGCUCCUCUUUUCUCACUGGUCACAUAAUGGGAUGCUGCACUUGUUGUGUAGCUGUCAACAGCUUUAGCUUACAAAAAGCAGUGCCUUAGUACUCAUUAAUUUUGCAAUUUGGGAAUGUUUACUAACCCUCUGCAGCUAAUGAUUAUUUUAUUUUCUAAUGGCUUUUAGUACCUUAAAGUACCACGUCCCUGUCUUAAAUUGAGAAAACUGCAUCUAGGGAAAAAAAAAAAUCCAUAACAGGAAGUGCCAAAUUAUGCCUUAAGUAAUUUGAGGCCUGUGGUUGUUUUGUUGUUGGGGUGGUUGUUUCUCAUGCUCUUAAGAGGUACUUGUUUUUCGUUCUCUUUUGGGCUCUCGUCUUCCUUCCAUUUUUCUCUGCAUGUGGAUAGCAGACUACGUGGAGAAAAAUAGUCUGCUCUGAGAGGUAAAAGGCAUGAAGCCUCUGUGGAAACUGAUCUGUAGAAGCCUUUGAUGUUUUGUGGCAGACUUUCCAACCCACCGGAAUCUCUGAGCAGUUUCAGGUGCAAGGUGAACACUGCUACAUACCUACACCCUGGGUGGUUUAUAGUACAUAUUCCUACAGUACAUAUUCAUACGGUACCAAAUGCUUCACAGCAUUGGCUGUAGCCUGUGCACAGAUGUGCUUCCAGAGUAGUAAUGCAUCUUACGUGAAAUGAUGUAAGGAAAGCAUUAAAAGCCAGUACUUUUGGAAACAGAAUGAAAUCAGGAAAGCAUUUGGAGCCACGUACUCCUGCAGCAAGUCCCCAACCAUCCGCCAUGGCCCAGGGAACAUCAGCCCAGGUGGCUGCUACAAUGUGACUGGGUAGUUCCAUUAGAUAUAUCUUGGUUUUAGAAGAAUGACCAAAGACUAAAUAGAGCCAGUGACUUGCCAAUGAUUCCUCUGUGGAGGUGUACAUAGUAUUUGUCCUUACAGUGACUGUUAUUUGGCAGAGAAGCUCUCUGGCUUUCAGAAGAACUGUUUUUUGCAAAUAAGGCAUGAGACUAUAUAAAUUAAAACAGAAUUUAAUUUUCUUUCCUUCAUUUUCAUGCCUAGAUUUUAGGAAUGAUAUAGUGAGACGAUUGUUGACUGUUAUGCCAAUAAAGACAGGAGAGAGAUCAGCGAGAUAGCAUUUUUAUUGUCUCUAAGGCUUUUUAUAGCCAUGCAGAUUAACAAAUUGCAUCACACUGAAGGAGAAAAAGCAAUUCAAAUACUUUGCUUGGUUUUGAUUAAAGAUGUAUAAACCAGGUAUUAUCACAAUGAAAUGUAUGCCUGAGUUCUGUACAAGGAAGUAACAUAAUUCAUAGCAACAUUAACUGCUUUUUAAUUAAAUAAUUUACUUUGUGCCAUAGGUACAUAUCCAUUCAACUGCAAGCAGACAUAUUGUAAUUUUGAAAUUGUGGGAGGAACAGAGAAUCCAGGAGAAUCUUCUGGUGAAAUGAAAUGUAAUUAUAUAGUGUUGGUGCAAAUGCUUUAAGGCAUGAAUGAGAAGAGAUGUUUAUUCUUUCUGCUGAAGCAAAUUUGAUUUUCAAAUUUUCAAAACUCUGAAAGCCCUGAUGACAUGAGCUAAUCAGGGGCAGCUUCCAUCACCAGGCAGUGCUUUUACAAAAGUGUGAGAAGAAUCUUUUAUCAAAAUAUUUUCAGAUGUUGCUAUCAGUUCAUUAUCUCUUCUGUAGAGAUGGCACAACCAGGGUAAUUUUGCAAACCUCUAAAAUGUUUUUUCUUAAGUUUAGGCCAUGCUACAUAAAAGUUUCAGAACUUCACCCAUUCCCUUUUACCUUGCCCCUUUUACUUGAAAUAGCAGUAUGAUAUAAGUAACACAUUUCAGUAUGGGAGGAUGGCAAUCAUCUAGUAUUCUCCCAGCAUGUUUCUGUACUUCACAAGCUGUAUUAAACUGGACUUUUAUUAUGAAAAAUUUGAAUAUGGUAUAUUUAACCACUUUAAAGUUCUAAGUGUUUUAUUUGCAUCUAUUAUAUAUGCUGUGUAGUAUAUGAUCAUGAGAAAUUCUGUAAUGUUAAUUUGAAUAAAAGUAUGACACUUAUUAAAAAUGAUUUUGUGUGAAUAUAGUAUUCCAGAGAGCAGAAAGAGCAGAAGGUCUUGGCUGAUUUUGUAUAUAAAAGGUUAAGACUCACAGCAAUUUUAGGUCCUUAUUUUUGCCACUGCUGUGAUCUUACUGAUUUUUAGGCUGGUACAUUUUUUUCCUUUCCCUUGUGGAAACUCUGCUGCUUGUCAGAUCUAGAGGGAAGUUGAUAGAGGGAAAUAAACAGGCAAAAGCUAAUAAAAAGUCAAUCUUAGGGAGAAAGCAAUAAAUUUUAUGUUGGUUUUGCUCUAAGUCAGUCCUUUUCAUGGUCUGAUGAAGUUGCAGAAUGGUUUAGCAUGGAAGAAUCCUCUGAAGGUCAGUCUGUCCAGCCUCCUGCUCAGACCAUGGAUAUUACCAGGUGAUGAGCGUUGCUGCCACACUGAAAUACCUGAACGGUUUGAGAAUAGGGCUGCAACAGAGUUGUAUUGUCUUAAGCUGCCCUGCAACUCCACUUUAAGGUGCAAGUGGAAGCAACAUUUACUGCCUUCAAAAGUCUUACCUUUUUGAUUCCUAUUGCUGUUUAAUUCCUAAGGAAUGAGACACUUUGGUAUUUUCAUUGAUCUGGUUUCUGUCAUUCAAAUAAAGACCAGAGAAUGUGAAAUAAAAUUACCUGAAAGGAAGUGCAGCCCUCCUCAUGAGAACCUUAAGUAACACUGGUUCCACUAAGGUGUAGUUAGUUAUUAGAUUUUCAAAGUAGAAGGGUCUCUUAGGUUUAUUGCCAUAUCCUUGUUUGCAAGAGGUGCUAUUGGUUGUGUUUACUUUAUUUUGCUUUAUUAUUUUUAUUGAUUGUGUUUACUUAUUCUUGCUAUUGCCUGGGAGAGGAUGAUGGGGUCUGUCUGUGUUUCCACUUUGGUUUGCUCCCUAUUUGACUCCAAGGACCCUGGCCAUCUGUACUUUGUGCAUAUUAGCUUGCUUCUGUGCUGCAGUCUGGAACAAACUGAGCAAACAGUUGGGAUCCCAGACAAGAAAUUAAAUGAAGCACACCCAGAGAUCAAAGCCUGCAGCAUUAUUAUUGCUUGGUUUGAACCCACAGGCCAGUCUCCAGAGUGCACAGCAGAACUGGGAGAGUACUACUUGUCAAAAGUCUUCCUGAAUUUUAUUUAUGUUAAUGUGACGUGGUUGCUAGGGCAGUUGAAAUGACUAAGUCCCACCUGGUGGAUGAGGGAACCUCUGAGGACGUAGGCUGCUUGGACUUCAGCAAAGUCUUUGAUAUUGUCUCCCAUGGCAUUCUCAUGGAAAAGCUGGCAGUCCACAUGUUGGGCAGGUGCUCUCUUGACUGCAUUAAAAACUGGCUGUAUUAUUGAGCCCAGAGAAGAGUAGUGAAUGGUGUCACAUGCAGUUGGAGGCCAGUCACUGCUGGGGUUUUCAGAGCUCAGUACUGGACCAGUCCUGUUUAAUACCUUUAUUAAGGGAUGAGGGGAUCAAGGGCACCCUCAGUGUGUUCACAGACAACACUAAGUGGGGUGGGAGUAUUGAUCUGCUGGAGGGUUGGAAGGCUCUGCAGAGGGAUCUGGAUAGGCUGGAUCAAGGGGUGAGGUCAGUGGUGUGAAGUUCUGUUGAGUAAUACACUCAGUGCAGGUAGCUGGGUGUGCAGCUGCACUGGGAGCUGCAGGUUGAGCUCUGUGGGUGGGAGCUGGCACUACAGGCUGUGAACUGCCAACCCUUUGCAUAACAAAGGGCACAGAGCCCUGUGGCACAGCCAGGUGACCUGAUGCUCCAAGACACAGCAGGAGCCAAGGAUCCCAGACUUCCCUGUGCUAAAACUGUAAGGAUAUAAAAGCCCAGGUUUCCUUUAUUCAGAGUUCCUCCUCAGAGGCAUCCAGCUCAAGCUGUUAUUUUGUUCUUGCACCAUGAUUAAAUUAUUCUAAAUAUUAAGACCUGUGAGGCUCUGCUAUGGGAAACUUGGGGUCGAGCUGGUAAGGAAACCUGGUCUGAUGAUGAGUGUGGGGUGUGUAGCUGUGAAGGGGCCUAGGUCCCAGCUAGGGUGGUGUGAAUGUGACAGAGUGACUCCUGGAUGAUCAGACAGGGACAGUUGAACAAGUCUAAGUUUCUGGCUCCUGCACUUACAGUCACAACACACCCUGCAGCACUACAGGCUUAGGGAGAGUGGUUGGAAAGCAGGCCAGUGGAAAGGACCUGAGGGUGUUGGUUGACAGCAGGCUGACCAUGAGCUGGUGUGUGCCCAAAUGGCUGAGAUGGCCAACAGCAUCCUGGAUUGCAUCAAAAACAGUGGGACCAACAGGACUGGGGAAGUAAUUUUUCCCCUUUGCUGGCCGCUGGUGAGGCCACACCUCAAAUCUGUGGUCAGUUCUGGCCUCCUCACUUCAAGAAAGACAUUGAGGUGCUGGAGCAUGUGCAGAGAGUGACAACAGAGAUGGUGAAGGUCUAGAGAGCUGAAUCCUUUAAGGAACUGAAAAAAAGUUAUAGGAAGGUGAGGGUCGGCCUCUUCUCCCAAGUAACUAGUGACAGAAUGAAAAGACAUAGCCUCUGGCUGCACUAGGGGAGGUUCAGCUUGGACAUCAGGAAGAAUUUCUUCAUGGAAAGGGUUGUUAAACAUUGGAACAGACUACCCAGGUGGAGUCACCAUCCUUGGAGGUGUUCAGGAAAUGACUCUACGCGGCACUUAUUGGUAUGGUCUAGUUGACAAAGUGGUAAUCGGUCAAAGGUUGGACUUGGAGGUCUUUUUCAACCUAAAUUAUUCUGUGUCAUAUCACAUUUUGAUAUCCUGAGCUCCUUGUUAUUCACUAGUGUUUUUGUAUUUACUAUCAAAAAAUAAUUCUAGACUUCUUCCAGGUGUAUCUGGCAAGCUUAAUUAUUUUCUCUAAGGUUUGUUAUCCUGCAUAUUUAAUCUCCAUGAUUUUUGGCUUGUGAAAUCAUUACAUUUAGGUUGUUCUUGUUUGGCUUAGUAGCUGUGAUAUUCCUGAAACAUGAAAUUCUUAAAUGUCAGCUUUUGCCCUGUACAGGAAAUAGAGGUAACACGUUUAUGUUCUUUGAUAACUAUUGUAGGUCCCAACAUCCCAAAUUCUCAAAGCAUACACAGUACAAUAUUUCUUUGCAAUAAAAAAUAUUCUUCUUUACUCAAAUACCUAAAUUUUCUUUAGUAGUUUUCAUCUUAUUCUUUUAGUGCCUGCUGUUCUUAGAAGAGGAACUCAGUUGUGUUUUCUGAAAGUUCACCUCUGUGCCUGUUGAUGCAUCCUGUGUGGUCUGUGUUCUCCUGCUUGUACACACAAUUCUCAUGGCUGGCCAGCAAUGUGGAAUGACAAAACACAAUCAUUGAUGAUAUUAAUGGCCUGUCGAUCAAGCAUCCUGCUUAUUAAGGACCACUAAUUUAUACCAGAUGCAAAACUGAGGCUCACAGCUUGCAAAUCAGUUUACUUCAAAGUAAAUAAGCACAGAAGAUGACCAGACCAUUCAGCAUUUUAAAAAAUUAUUAUUUUCUUUUUUUUAUGUCUAGCCUACCCCAACCUUCUCAUAAAUGUGUUCUGUAGGUGUUUGCAUUGUUGGAAGGUUCUGAAAACCAUCAGUGGAUAUAAGUAAAAUAUAGUGAAAGCCUUGAUUGUUGUUACUCUGUUGUUCAUCUUCCUGGGUUUUGAAAAGGCUGUUGUUAUUUUACCUUAAAACUACCAUAGUACAUAAGGCCAUAAUGAAAGUUUGAAGUCACAGGAGCCACCUUCUGCCCUGUAGGUAUGAUAUUACAUAGCACUUUAUUGAGCACAUUGCAUUCUUUCAUCUCUAAGUGCAGAAACAAUGUUCCCUGAAUUCACAGGGGAUUUAUGUGAUAUUCACAAAAAUAUGAGCAGCGCAGCUGCUGCUGCUUCGUUCAUGAGGCACUCACCCCUUGUGCAGGGCACCUUUCCUUUGGGCGAGGGCUGUGAGCGGAGGCAGCCCGUGCGCCGCUUCAGUGCCUCCAGCCAAAGGCUGGCUGCCGUGCGCCUCUUCGGGCAUCUCCACUCCCAGGUGAGAUGCCAAGGGGAAAAAAGGCAGUGGAAUCACACUCUGGCCCACUUAUUCCUGAGUCCCUAAAAGGGACAUCCAAUGAGAUUGAAUGGCAGGCAGUUUAACAGUGAUAAAAAUAGUACAACCUAUAUAAUUAGCAAAUAGAACUCUCAGCUACAGGUUACAGUAAAGCCUAAAAUGCUUUGUAGGAUUGAAAUGUACAUUUGCAAAGUACAUUUGUAAUAAGACUUUCACUAUUAAAUUACAUAGGAUUAAAAAAAUUAGAGCAGAUAUAAAAUCUUAUGUUUCAGACAAGCGGGUGAGUCAGCUGCUGACUGCCUAGGGCUAGGACGAAACUUCCUGUAUUAAUCAGGUUAUUCUAUAAUUACAAGGUUUCUUGCACCUUCCUCUGAAGCGGGUACUGAGUGCUGUCAGAGAAAGAAUACUGGACCAGGCGGACAACAGGUCUGAUUGUCACAUGACACAAUCAGCCACAUUUGAAGACCCUCGAAUAGAGAGCUGCCAAAUAACCCCUCCAGCCCCUCGGAAAGUGGAAAUGAGGAGGGAUCCUGUGCUAGGAUUUGGGUUUGUGGCUGGUAGUGAAAAGCCAGUUGUUGUACGCUCAGUAACACCAGGCGGCCCCUCUGAAGGAAAGCUUAUACCAGGGGAUCAGAUCAUAAUGAUUAAUGAUGAGCCAGUCAGCACUGCUCCAAGGGAGAGAGUCAUCGACCUUGUCAGAAGCUGCAAAGAAUCGAUCCUCCUUACUGUCGUUCAACCUUACCCUUCUCCUAAAUCAGCUUUUAUUAGUGCUGCAAAAAAGGCAAGAUUGAAGUCCAAUCCUGUCAAAGUGCGCUUCUCUGAGGAAGUAAUUAUCAAUGGGCAGGUGUCGGAAACAGUUAAGGAUAACUCGCUUCUUUUCAUGCCAAAUGUUCUAAAGGUGUAUCUUGAAAAUGGACAAACCAAAUCUUUCCGUUUUGACUGCAGCACUUCAAUAAAAGAUGUCAUCUUAACACUCCAAGAAAAGCUAUCCAUCAAGUGUAUUGAACACUUCUCCCUAAUGCUGGAGCAGAGAGUUGAAGGAUCUGGAACGAAACUCCUUUUGCUACAUGAACAGGAGACUCUAACUCAGGUGACCCAAAGGCCAAGCUCGCAUAAGAUGAGAUGUCUUUUCAGGAUUAGCUUUGUCCCAAAGGAUCCCAUUGAUCUUUUAAGGAGAGAUCCAGUUGCUUUUGAAUAUCUCUAUGUACAGAGCUGUAACGAUGUGGUCCAGGAAAGAUUUGGACCAGAACUGAAAUAUGACAUUGCCCUGCGGCUGGCUGCAUUACAAAUGUAUAUUGCAACUGUGACCACCAAGCAAACUCAGAAAAUCUCCCUCAAAUACAUAGAAAAAGAAUGGGGAUUAGAGACUUUUCUUCCAUCUGCUGUGCUGCAAAGCAUGAAAGAAAAGAACAUAAAGAAAGCACUUUCCCACCUUGUCAAAGCAAAUCAAAACCUAGUUCCUCCAGGCAAAAAGCUCUCUGCUCUGCAAGCCAAGGUGCAUUAUCUAAAGUUCCUCAGUGAUCUACGAUUAUAUGGAGGGCGUGUCUUCAAGGCAACACUAGUGCAGGGAGAAAAGCGUUCAGAAGUGACUUUGUUAGUAGGGCCACGGUAUGGAAUCAGCCAUGUGAUAAACACCAAAACAAAUCUUGUGGCUCUCCUGGCAGACUUCAGCCACGUGAACAGAAUUGAGAUGUUUACAGAAGAUGAAAGCAGUGUUAGAGUUGAGCUGCAUGUCUUAGAUGUAAAACCUAUUACUCUUCUGAUGGAGUCAUCAGAUGCAAUGAAUCUUGCUUGCCUAACGGCUGGAUACUACAGACUGCUGGUUGACUCAAGGCGUUCAAUAUUUAACAUGGCCAACAAGAAAAAUGCAGGGAGCCGAGAAACAGGACCUGAAAAUAGAGGGAAGCAUAAUAUCCUUGCUUCUGAGUGGAAUUGUAUACCAAAAACUACCACUUUCCUGGCCGAAGGAGAUCAGGAGGCUCAAAUGUCCUUUGGUGAUCCAAAGCAGAAGACUAUAGAUGUUUCCGAAAGUCUGUUAUGUCAAAAAGAGCACAGACAUCUGUACAUAGAAAAUACUUAUAAUUCAGGUGGAUUUGAUCAGCAUCUGACCAAGCAAGGUGACCCUGCUGAAACAGAAGAAAGCAGAAAUUUUAACCAGCCUUCACUGCUGUCACUCUCAGGUUUGGAACCUAGCAAGAAAGCACAGGAUUCUCCCAGGGGAGCAAAAGUUUCCUUUAUAUUUGGAGAUCCCAGCUUGGAUGGUAUCAGCCCCCAGACUCUUGGCUAUGAAAGGCUUUUGGAUGAAAGUCCAGAAGUAUUAGAAAAACAAAGAGCCAUUUAUCUUAGUAAUGCCAAUGAUAUUAAAGGCCUGGAGUUGUCACCAGAUGCUGAAAGCAUUCAGUUUGCUACAAAUUCUGUUUACGCAACUAUAAGCGAUGGUAAAAUAUUUGGAGCUGCGGAAGGGAUAGAAGAGCCUUUGCUGCAUGAUAUCUGUUAUGCAGAAAACACAGAUGAUGCCGAAGAUGAAGAUGAAGUAAGCUGUGAAGAAGAUAUUAUGGUAGGAGAAAUCAAUAGGCCUGCUCUUCUCAGCCUUUCUGGUUCUAGUGAUGACAUUAUUGAUUUGACUUCACUUCCACCUCCGGAAGGUGAUGACAAUGAAGAUGAUUUCCUUUUGCAUACCUUAAACAUGGCCAUUGCUGCUCCUCCACCUGGUUUCAGGGACAGUUCUGAUGAGGAAGACUCUCAGAAUCAAGCGACGCAGCCUAGAGACAACAAGGAGCAAGACAGUAAUCUAGGCAGUGAUGACAUUCCAGUGUCACUUAUCGAUGCUGUCCCUACUAAUACAGAGGGGAAGUGUGAGAAGGGGCUAGAUGAUGCUGUAGUCUCUACUCUUCAAGCACUAGAAGCUUUGGCUGCUUCAGAGGAACAGCAGACGAAUGACAAUUCAGGUGUAGCUAUCCUGCGAGCAUAUAGCCCUGAGUCAUCUUCAGAUUCUGGCAAUGAAACAAAUUCCUCUGAAAUGACUGAAAGCUCUGAACUAGCCACAGCACAGAAACAGUCGGAAAACACUGCACGUAUGUUUUUGACCACAAGUGAAGGCUACCAACCGCUUGUGGAAGAGCAGACUGAAUUUCCCAUUGCUAAGAAUCAGGCUGGAGGGCCAGGUAUGAAGCCCUCCCAAGCUUUGGCUGGUGGUCAGGCUGCAGAGCUACAGUCAAAAGUUGUGCCUUCAAAGCAGAUUCUUCAUUCCGAUAACAUGGAAAUGGAGCCAGAGACCAUGGAAACAAAAUCUGUCACUGAUUAUUUUAGCAAGUUGCACAUGGGAUCCUUGGUAUAUUCUUGCACUAGUAAAAGGAAAAAUAAGAUGACAGAUAGCGAAGUAAAAGCAUCCCCUGAUGGCAAUGCUACUGUGAAAAAGCAACAGGGAAAUAAAAAAGCAGAGUCUGAUGAAGAUCUAAAAGCUAAAUUUGGAACUCUUUCAGCAAGAGACAGCCAGCGCCUAAGCACUUUUAAUGUGGAGAGAACUGCCUUUCGCCAAAGAUGGUAUGCUGCCGAUGAUGGGGCAGCAGAUAAGCCAAGUCCAGAAACAGUUAAUGGUAAGACUUUUCCAAGAGUUCCUGUCCUUGGUAAAACAGAAACUGACUGUAAGGAUGAAGUGGAUGCUGAGGUGGAUCAGGAUGACACCUCAGGGCUUAGCCAAGGUGAAAACUUCCUGUCAGAUAUGACUCCCGUGUCUUCAGCCAAAGACCUAAACGAUGCAGAAGAUACUGAUUUAUCUGCAGAUGACCAUCCUUCAAAGCUUCCAGAAGCUGAGCAGAGUGUGGCUAGACUUUGUGAGUAUCACCUGGCUAAGCGCAUGUCAUCUCUGCAAAGCGAAGGCCAUUUCUCGCUGCAGAGCUCUCAGUGCUCUUCAGUGGAUGCAGGAUGCAGCACAGGCAGUAGCACGUGUGCUACCCCUGUUGAAUCCCCUCUUUGUACCUCUGAUGGUAAACACAUCAUCUCUGAUCCAUCAAUGAAGGGCAUUGCCUAUGUUCCAGCAGAUGACAGAGCUGCCAUUCUUCCGAACCAUGGAACAACAUACAAGGACCUGCACCAGCAGCCUGAAGCCGUGUGUCAUAGAGUGACGGUGCCUGGUGUGCAUUCAGCAAUCAAUGCUGAACCACUUUUCGGCACUUUGAGGGAAGGAUGCCAUCGGAUCCCCAAGAUAAAAGAAACUACAGCUUUCACAGAGCCUGAAAAGGGAAGACAAGGAGGCAUGCCUACAGCUUUUCCUAGACAGCCUCUAGCUGACUCCAUCAUGCUAUCAUCCAUGCUAUCAGAAUCUAAGGUGCCAAGUCAAAAUGAAGACUCUUGCGACAUUCCCAAAGUAAAUCAGGCUUGUGGGGCAACAGUUGGUUUAUGGCCAUAUGACAUGAUAGGAGGAAGCCUCAGGAUGCCGCAGAACAAGAAAAUGCUGAGACGCAGCAGCAGCAGCAGCAGCAUUGGAAGAUCUGCAGGCACCGAGAUGCUGUUUGAGAAGAAGGCAGCCACGGCCAGCUUGAAAUGCCUGGACACCACCCAAAAGGAUGAAUCCAAAUCGGAGAGAAGGGUGGAAUUUUCCCUGGGCAAAAAGCUGUCAAAAAGUUACUCUCAGAGUUGUGUGUAUGUCAGCACUGAUAGGAAGGACAGUAAGAGGUGUUCAGGCACAGGCACCAGUCAGAAGGACUCCAAGCAGUGUCGAACACUGCCCUUGCGAAAGCUGACCAGCAGCACCUGGAGGUGUCGGGGCCCCUUUAGCUAUUGCUUCCUCAGCAGAGGAAAUGAUGACAAUGAGGAGGAAGAUGACCGAGACAGCCAUCAGCUCUCACAUCUCUUCGAACCACAGACCCUGUGUGAGCUCACAGAGCCAGUUCAGUCGUCCGGUGACAAUGAACAGAAAGUCUUGGAGACCCCGAAAGCUGCUGAGCCCCCAUGUGAUGCAGUCAAUGAGCAUAAGAAGAGCAGUGCUGACACCCAAGGUGGCCAAAUUGAUGUGAAUCUCAACGAUGUAGCCUUCGAUGCACGAAUCACACGAAUAAAUGUGAUGAAAGAGAAGACAUAUGCAAUGCCUGACGGAUUUAUUGCAGCACAAAAGGAUGCCAAUGAGCUACUCUCACUGGUCCGAGCAAGUAUGGGCAAGAGAGAAGAUUUACAUCCAGAAACAUAUGACCUUAAACUUUCUAAGUACAAACAACUGUUAUCUUUGGAAUCGAGACAGUUGGGAAGUGCCUGCAGGAAAAUGGCCAUGGCUGAUAAAAGCCCUGAGGAAAUGCUUUUAGCUAUGACUUCCAGCUUUCAAGUACUCUGUUGCUUAACAGAAGCCUGCAUGCGUUUAGUUAAAGUCAUGAACUCUGAAACACAGCAGCAGGAAAUUAUAGCUAAGAUAGACGAGGUUGUAAUAAACUACAUUUGUCUUCUGAGGGCUGCAGAAGCAGUGUCAGGCAAGACCUCCGGUGAUCCUAGCAUUAAACUCUUGGCUCGACAUCCGAAUACCAUGGCCGCUAUUGUAAGCACACUAACACGUUCUCUUAAAAUGCUUUUAAACAAGUAAAAUACAAAAGUCACUUCAUAAUCUACCUUUGCAAAGCCAUACAUUAAAAAAUUUUAUUUACUGUAUGUGUAUGAACUAAUGUAACAAACUCAGCUUUCUCUGUAUAUUUUGUUAUUUUAUAUAAAAGAGGUAUGAGAUUAAAAAAAAGGUUAAAAUAUUGAACAUUGACAAAAGUAAUGACUAGAACUGUCCUUCAGUUUAUACAAAAACAACAGCCAAAAAACCCUUUUCCCAACAUCAGAAAACAAACAGAAAAAAGUCCCAUAUAGGAGCAAAUUGAUGUUUGGCUAUUUUUCAUAUAGUCAAAUUUAUGGUUGUAUGAAGUGAACUUCUAAAGCCUGUUAUGUCAAUGAAAUUGUUUUUUGUUUCAUCCAAGUUUUCACUUGGAAAAUGCUCCAUGUUUAGAAUGAUUAAUUAAAUCAUAAUGUAUAUAACACAAUAUUUAAUGUUUUAAAAUUAUAAUUUUUAAGCAUUGAAAAUAGCAAAAAGACAUUUAAAAUCCAAGAGACUAUUAUAACUUACUAGAGAAUAUAUAUAUAAUAAAUUACUCUUUUGUUCAUAUGGACUGAAUUACCUGAUUCUUCUUUUCUAGGAAAUUCUGUAUUUAAAAAAAAUGUAUUGAAUAUAUGACUAUACCAACUUCAGAGGGGAUCUGAUGUAUUGAACUUACAGUGUUGGCCUUUUAGACAGUGAAGGUAACUGUGGAGGACUGAGGACACAGAAACCAGAGUGGUGGUGGUGUUCUCUCUGAAAUGAAAGAUUGAUGCCAUAAUGGUCAGACCAGAAUAUAUGAGGCAGGUUUACGUACCCUUUUUCCUGGUAAAUGACAGAGAGGACCAUCAGAAAAUUCCUAUGCUGUUUACUGUUUCAUCAUAUAUUUAUGGUGCACCUGAACAACAUGGACUGCAUCUAUUUUGUUAAAUAUUUUAUACUUCAUAUUUUAUGAUUCUGAAUGUUUAACUGUAAAUAAGUUAGAAAUAAAAUGAAAUUUUCAGAAUACAAUAAA